AUGGCGGGAUGUGAAAGUGAAAACGUUGAUUACAUGAUGUAUGAUUUACACGAGCCAUCGAAUGACAACAACAGCCCACCAGCACUCAACAUUACUAUACCAAAGACAAGCGAUCUGGUUAGAACUUCAAAGCGUUGGGCAGAAGUCCAGCUGCCGAUAGAUAUUUUGCUUUUGGCAGUAAAGGACGACGACUUCUUAAGCUGUUACUAUUUUCUGAGCGAUGUCUUUCGAAGCUUCACGACAACCCUUGGUUACGUGUAUUUCGGGAAAAUCGGCAACGAUGGAGAGGUGAAACUGAAAGUCGCCUUGAUUACGUGCUCAGAAGGUGGUGGGGAACCCGGAGGGUCAGCAAUGGUAGUGAACAAAGCCGUUGAAGUUUUACAGCCAAAAGCGGUACUUUGCAUCGGCUCUUGUAGGGGCUUGUAUCGCGAUAAAACCAAGCUAGGAGACGUAGUGGUUCCAUCCAAGCUGACCACGUACGCAUCACGAAGAAUGACAAGCACUGGAGUCGUGCCGUGCGGCUUUACAACGCCUUUAAGCUCAAUGAUGUCCCGCCUGAUCAGACAGGCUGGGUUUGGUUGGAAGCCGCCAUUGGAGAACCCGGAAGUUGGCGAAGUGAAAGUUCACCACGACAUCGAACUCCUGAGCGGACCAGAACAGGUGGAAUCGAGUCAACGACGUGAUGAACUCGUUGGAUUGUACUCCAACGCUAUCGCUGUUGAAUUGGAUGGGGACGGUGAGUAAAAGAUUAUUACAUUUUUUAAAAAAUGGAUAGAUGUCAUGAGAUGUUGCUUUGUUGACUUUCCGUCCGCUUUCCAUAUAUUUAUAGAUGUUAUAUUACUAGCAAAAUAACAAAUUAACAUGUUAACUUUGUGUUACUUUAUAAAAAUCAUAGAAAAAUUACUCAUUGCCAGCACUCAUCGGAAAUAUUUGCUGGAAAAACAAAUUCAAAGGUCAAGGCGUCAUUUAUCUUUGCCAGGACAGCGCGUGACAUGUUACAUAAGGAUCACAUUGAUUGAAGUUGUAAACCGCAGUCCGUGCGGUGGCUUGCAACAUAGGACCGGUUUCUAUUUUCGGUUAUAAGGCUUUGUUUGGUGUUUUAGUUGUGCUGUAGAUACGGCGUUUUGGCAAAUACCUACCCCUUUUGCUUGACGCCAUUUUCAUCACUUCUUUAAAAAUCUUUGAAUAUUAUUUGCAAGCUUCUAGAAAUGGUCUCUUGAUCUGUCUCUUGAUAUGACAUUAACUUUCAUUUUUUUAGCUUACUUCCUUUUUUUCACUGAUCUUUCUGCAGGAUUGGCAAAAGCUAGCCAUGAAGGCAAAUAUAUAUAUAUUUUGUACAAUCUGUUAUAUAUGUAGGUGAUCAUCCUUUGACUGACCAAUCCAUUUUUUUUUUCACUUUAGGGAUUUUUGCAGCAGCACAUGAUCUGAAAACAGAAUGGGUUGUCAUCAAAGGUAUCUCUGGUUAUGCAGACUGCGCGGCAUCACUCACUAAACAGUGGUUGUCAUUUGCAAGUGUCAUGGCAGCAUCUGUGAUGUAUAACAUUCUCAGUGAUACCUUUGUUUUCGAGCAAUGGCCUCACUAUCAGAAUCCGAUCAACUCCAGUCAAAGGACACGGAAUGAAGGUACAGCAUAUUUUAAGGCCAUGAAAAACGAUGUGGAGUUGGCAGUGAGUGACUGAAACUCGAGAAUAGUUUUGAAGUGGUGACAUAACAAAUUGGAACAGGGGCACCCAACGACAGUUUUCUGUAAAAUAUCUGUUCGGAAGAGCAAAUAUUACCUAGAAUUUUCUAUUACUUGAGGAUGGUUAGAAAUUUCUAGAUGGCUGUUCCAUUCAUGCACAAUUUUCAAAGCUUAUCUAAUAAAUUCCCUACGAUUCUCUGAAGUUUAAUUUUUCAUAUUUCGCUCCCUAAGUUAGGCUAUUUUUUGUAGAGAAAAGGAAAACUAAAUUUUUCGGAUUCAAAAAUAUGGUGGAGCUGAGAGAGAAAUCAGAAAAAUUCUCACUUUCGUAAUACAUUAAUUUGCCUCAACAAUUUUCAGGAAAAUAAUACUGAAGCCCUGUAAUUUUGAAAAGACUCAAGUUCCCCUAAGAUGACCGAACAGAUAGAAAUUAUAUAGCGCCGCUUAGAAUGCAUUUCUAGAAAUCUAAAAGAACUCUUAAUAGCCUAAAAAGUGUUUUUAAAGUAGUUGGGAGGAAACUGUUGUUGGGUACCCCUGUUGAAAGUGGACUUUUACGAAAGUGAAGUAUUAAAAAUCCUGCUCAUUGAAGGUUUAAGGGACUAGAGGGCUAGCACAAAUAAGAACAUUUUUCGGGGGAGGGGGUGGAGAAUGGAGAACACUUCCCUAAGGUUGUUUAUGGUAUCACUAGAUUAAUCUUUAGAUUUUUCAUUAAACUAGUACAAUUUGAGUGCAGAGCAUUAUUAUCUGAAGCACAGCUGUAAUUGAUACCUGGACAUGUUUGGAGAGUAGAAUUGGCCACUGUGGAGUAAAAUAAUACUGUACUUACCUGGGGUGUUAAAUAUAGAUUAUUGUUAUUUCAUAUAUUACAGAAAGCUUCAGCCAUGCAUCAGUUCAGCUACGAAGUGAAAGACCUCAGGUUACCUCAACUCAGACUGGUCAACAUCAGAACUAUGGCGAGGGAUUUCCAGGUAUUAAUUCAUGAAUGUGGUAUUGGACGUCUAUUAAAUAUUUCCAAGAACUUCAAGUGCAUAGUCUGUGAUCACAUGGUGGACUGAUCACAUUAUCAGUCAGGGUUCUCAUUACAUUAAGUUUUAAAGUAGAUUAAAGCUAUGAUAUUGUUGGUUUUCACAUGACGUCACUAAAAUUCAAACUACAAAACUAUCGAUCCUACUGAGAUUUUACUUUCACGCUGUAUUAGAGCAGCUAAAAACUAAUUUUCAAACAAAUGUUCACUUCAAAAGGGUUCUUGGUUUUGUAAUAGAGUACGCUAGAAUUUCUAAGCUUUUGCGUGACGCAGCAUUUACACGACGCCCAAGAGAGCUGUCAUUUAGGUUAAAAAGGUGACUUUUUUUGAGGAAUUUUGCUAUCUAAACAGUUCAAUGUGUUAGAAAAAGUAUUACUUUAAUGUUUAUGAGUUCCUCUAGGAGUAAAUUCACGCUUUUGUAGCAAAACUCAGUAACAGAUGUUUCUGUUGGUUUCCGUCCGCCAUGUUGGAGCUCAUCCGGAUGAGCUCCAGCAUGGCGUGUCCAUACAAAAUUCUAUAAAUUUGGGUAAAACAUUUCCUCGGAUAUCUCAUAUACGAAUAAUUAUUGCUUCGACCCAAAUCUUGGCGAGGGUCUUUGUACAUUUAACUCCUUUCAUUUCCCACAUUCUGGACUUAAGCUGUUGAAUGGUUUUGAUUUUUAUUUUGAUCUAUUUUGAAUGGCGUGACGCUGAAAACCAGCAAUAGAAAGCAGGCAGCUUGCCAAUUGAGUGCUGAAGGCACUGAAACUGAUGCGUAAUCUGCCAAUAGUUUUGUUUUGAAAAUUAGAAAGUAAUACGUGGGAAUUUAACAGCUUUUUUACCAAAUUGAAAACAAUGAGAAGCCUUGACUGUGCUUUGUUCUGUUGUAAGCAUUUGGGAAGGGGCUUAAGAGCACUCAGGAAGUAGAUCAGAUUGACACACUCAACUACAUCUCCUGUUACCUCAGCCCUAUACACUUCUUUAAUGCUCUAGCUGCUUCCUGUAUGCUUUACAACUUACCAUAAAAUUCCGAAAAUAAGUCCUGGGGCUUAUAUUUUUCAAAGGCCCUUUUGAGGGGCUUAUUUUUGGAGGGGCUUAUAUUUGGAGGGGCUAAUCUAUGGAGGGAAAUUUGCAUCUCAAAAUCUAUUGGACUAGCCUUAUAGUAUAGGAUAUUUUCCAUUUUUGCUUUGUUUUACUUUGUAUUUGAGGGCAAUUUCCAAGAACGAGCCCCCGGGGGGCUUAAAGGAGGGGCGAUUAAACGGAGGGUUUUUUGCAUUACGAGUUUGGGGGGCUUAUAUUUGGAGGGGCUUAUACAUGGAGGGGCUUAUUUUUGGCAGUUUACGUUAACAGAGCAGAAAGAGCACGAAGCGAUAAGAUCACUUGUAAAAAUUUUUUGAAAAGCUCAGUUGGUUAAGAAGUUAUAUAUUAAGCUUUGAUUUUUGAAUUUCUGGCCAUUUUGUUACUAUUUUUAGAAACACAGGCACAUUUUACAAUGUCUCCUAAAGUAACUGAAUUGAGCUUCUCAAAAAAUUUUCCACUGUUAUUUGUAUAUUGUUGUCCUCAUUAAAAAUUAUCUAUCUGUUAGCUGGUCACCUGUUGAAGUUUAAAUUUUGUUGUCAACCAUGUGAUGUAAUUUUCUGCCAGAAACCAUUAAAAUCUAAAAAAAAAACAUACAAAUUAUUGUAUGGAGCACAAAGUUCUACCAUCCUGGAAACUUUGCACUCAAAUGGAUAAAAACUGUAAUUUUUAAGUAGUUCCUUGGCUUCAAUUAAGUGACCUAAAGGUCGUGACAGGUGACCCGGCGUGAGUCAAGGUUUCUUUAUAUGUUAAUUUAUUUCCUGUCAGUAGCCUGAUUAUCUUUAGAUUGAUAUUUUUUUAUCCUAAUAUAAUGUUAACAUCUGAGUUUGAUAGAUUUUAUUAUUCUUUAAAUAAUUUUUAGGUCCUUUCAAUGGAGGUAAUUUUGGUAAUGCAAGUAAUUUACUGGGAAGCCUGUUUCAGACAUAUGUUGGAAGCUGUAACUCUGGCCAGGUAUGUACAAUAUUAUUAUGGCCUUCAAAAUAUUAUUGUAUUUAGAUUUUGGGUUUUGAAAAAAUUUCUUGGUUAACAGUUUAUUUUUUGCUAGUAUAGGCAAAAAAAAGUUUCCUUGAAGAAUCCCCUUUGCUAGGAAACUGACAUGCUAGUUUUUGUUUGUUUUUAAAAUCAAAAGAAAAAAAAUCUGUCACAUCUAGAGUUUAUAGUCAUUUCAUUGGUAUGGCUGCAAAGAAAAUUUGUCAAAAGAUUAGGAAAAUCACAACCUUGGAGACUCAGAUCUACAGUUAGCUGGCUCAGGAUAAAUUGCUCGACAAAGGUUUCUACAUAAUGCUUGAAAAAUAUUGUUUGUGCCAUUUCUCCCAACCUGACUGACUACCCCUUGUCUCCAAAGAUGGUAAAAUCAGUGUGGGUAUACCAUUAAUUCUGGUACAUGACAUUAUGAUGGCUAGUGUACUUGCUUAAAGUAUCGUGGUUCAACUGUUAUUGAUAAUUCUGCAGCAAUACUUUUAUUUAAAAGCCUAUAGUUAACAAGCAAUAAAUCUGGUAAUUCUCCAUUUUUGCAUAGACCAUAUUGCACCUUGUUUACCCUCCAAAAUUUUGAACUGUGGUUUAGUUCUCCCAAGAGAAAUCAAAGACAGUGGUUAAGAAAAAUUGAAGGGGGGGUAGGGGGGUAGACAUUAGGUAAAUUAUGGUCUAUGUGAAAAUGGUGAAUUGAGGUGCAGAAGAAAAAAAAAGCUUUGAAGGUUGUAGUUUUUUACUAUGGAGUGUAUCAUAGAGUUUUGUUGUCAGACCAGUACUUAUGAUCGGCGUCCUUGCAAACAGUUAGGCUUUUGCAUGGCUCAGGUGACCACAGCAGUCCCAUCUCCAGAGCAGACAUUAAAAUUGUGUCUUUUUACUUUCCUGCUAAAUGCAUUGACACUGAAAUAAAUUGCAUCUUUCCAUAUGAUCAGUAUGAUACUGAAAUUAAUUGAAGUUUUCAUAUUUAGAUGAACUACGAGGGACGAAUUUUCUGCUACAAAGCUUAUGGCAGGUUUCACUCCUUCAGGGAGCCAUUGGUGUUUGAUGCCAGUGCUUCGGAUCAAGAAAGUGGAAUCACUGUUGAAGCAAAACAUUAUGAUAACGAUCAAAAGGCCAUUGGUCAUGCUGUAGAAAAGCUGAAAGGCAAACUACAAGAAAAAGGGAUUAUCUGAGGCCUGGACCUGACGUUCCAUUGAAAGCCGUGGAUUCUGAAGGAUUGAACUGCUGGUUCUUUAGGGGCGUGGCUAGUGGGGUCCUGGGGUACCCGUGACCCCCCCUUGGUAGGCCUUCUUUUGAGCAAACAACCUACAAUAUUCAGGUGGCGAAAACGCCAUGACAAUAUCUUGGCCAUAAAAGCCAUUGUUGAAAAGCCCACUUUUUUAAAAUUUGUUUUUUUGUAAAGUAUUUUCGUCAACGGCUAUCGUCUUUAGUUAAUAUGGGCCUUCAUGCCGCGACAAUACGACUGAGCCCCCUCUGUGACCCCCCCCUUUGAAAAAACCUGGCUACGCCCCUGUUCUUAGACUACAAGGACGGCGCGACGGCGGCACCAAAAUCGUCACCGAAAACAUGGAUUUGCGUUUUUUCAAACUUAAUCGCGUUUCUUUAGCUUCGCUCAAUCUGCCCAAUGUAGGUUAAUUUUCCUGGAGUGACUUAAAAGAUUUACUAAAUUCGCCCCACAUUUGUUCUAAAAAUAAACUGGUCAGUGAACACGCGGCGUUACAUGUGUACAUGAAAGUUGCUCACCCCGGGUUAUGGGCUGCUGAAUUCAUCAGAUGAAUUUUAAUUCUGGGUGGAGUGGUGCACUACACGAUAAAAUUUUAAAAAUUAAAAAUAACUUUAAAAUUAUGUACAAGGAUUUUAGCUGUUUUAAAAAGUGAAUAAAAGGGAAGUUAGGUAUCUUCAUAAAAACCACAAUUUGUUUAAGAUUAAGACAAAAUAAGAGAGCUGUCGAAGUUUAUACUUAAAUAUUAUAUUAAUCAGUAAGAAAAACUAGUGGCUAACAUGCAAUCUAACGAAGUUCUCGAAAAUGGGAAGCGACGUGGCCUCUUUUAUUGAUGUAGGUAAAUUAUUAAAAAGAACCGCAC